GGUUCUGGGACGCUCAGAUACCGCGCGGGGUAGGGAUUGGUUCGCGCUCGGUUCUUGGCUCCUGGCGGUUCGCAGCAUCCGGCGGUUCCCGGGACACCUGCUUGCUCCUCCCGUCCGGUGGCUCACGGGCUCCCUGCUACUCUCCUUCCCACCUCCCGGUUUGCUGGACGGGGAGAAAGACUGGCCGUUCAGACGCUGCUGAGCCGUCUCAGGGCAACAUGAGCUCGGACGCGGCAGCUGGGGCGCCCCUGCCCCGGCUCUGCUGCCUGGAGAAGGGUCCAAACGGCUACGGCUUCCACCUGCACGGGGAGAAGGGCAAAGUGGGCCAGUUCAUCCGGCUGGUGGAGCCCGGCUCACCGGCCGAGAAGGCGGGGCUGCUGGCCGGGGACCGGCUGGUGGAGGUGAACGGCGAGAACGUGGAGAAGGAGACCCACCAGCAGGUGGUGAGCCGCAUCCGUGCCGCGCUCAACGCCGUACGCCUGCUAGUGGUCGACCCCGAAACCGACCAGCAGCUGCAGAAGCUCGGCGUCCAGGUCCGGGAGGACCUGCUACGCGCCCAGGAAGGGCCGGGUCAGGCUGAGCCGCCAGCCACUGCCGAAGCGCAGGGGGCUUGUGACGAAAAUAAGCCGCGGGCCACCGCGCCAGAGCCGCGCGACACCGAGAAGAGCCACUCGGAGUGGCGUGAGCUUCGGCCUCGGCUUUGUACCAUGAAGAGGGGUGCCAAUGGCUAUGGCUUCAAUCUGCACAGCGACAAGUCCAAGCCUGGCCAGUUUAUCCGCGCGGUGGACCCAGACUCACCAGCUGAGGCUUCGGGGCUCCAGGCCCAGGACCGCAUUGUAGAAGUGAACGGGGUCUGCAUGGAGGGCAAGCAGCAUGGGGAAGUGGUGUCUGCCAUCAAGGCUGGUGGAGAUGAGGCCAAGCUGCUGGUGGUAGACAGGGAAACUGACGAAUUCUUCAAGAAAUGCAAAGUGAUCCCAUCUCAGGAGCACCUGACUGGUCCUCUGCCCGAGCCCUUCGCCAAUGGGGAGAUACAGAAGGAGAACAGUCAGGAAACUUUGGCAGAGGCAGCCUCAGGAAGCCCCAGGCCAACCCUCCAGAGAUCCAACUCCAGCGACACCAGUGAGGAGCUGAAUUCCCAAGACAGCCCGAAGAAACAGGACUCCAUGGAGCCCUCGUCCACCUCCUCUGACCCCAUCCUGGACUUCAACAUCUCUUUGGCUGUGGCCAAAGAGAGGGCCCACCAGAAGCGCAGCAGCAAACGGGCCCCACAGAUGGACUGGAGCAAGAAAAACGAACUCUUCAGUAACCUCUGAGUGCCCAUCUGCCAGCACCCACCCCGCCUCCUUUUCCCUCUCCUGUUACUCCCCCAAAUCAACAUACGAA